CCUGAAACGCAUCAAACAUCAUUAACGAUUUAAUUUAAUAAUUUUGAUAUCAAAGCAAAGUUGUUUACUUAUUAUUUGAUAAAUAGUUGACAGUUUGUGAAUUAUACCAUGAAGAUCAUACUAACAGUGUGCACAUUGAUAUUGAGCGGAAACACUAUUGCGGUGCAAUUUCCGGCUGAUGUAACAAAAUGCCGAAAAGGUGAUGGUGAAUGCAUCGUUCAAUCAGCUAACAAGAUGUUGAGAGAAUAUCCAAUGGGUGAAAGUAACAUAAAUCUCUUAUCGUUGGACCCACUGGAAAUUCCACACAUUCAUAUCGAAAAAGGGACAUCGAGUGUUGUUGACGUUCUUUUGGAAUUCUCAAACAAUACGAUUUCUGGAUUUCGUGAUUUUACAUUUUACAAAAUUGAUGGAUUCAAUGAUACAAUUGAUGGAAAAUACGAAAUCCAACUGAAAGGUCCUCAGAUCCAGUUGAUGGGACCAUAUUCUGUCAAAGGUUCUGUGUUAUUUGUACCUAUCCAAGGUAUUGGAGAUAGCAAUAUCACUGUCUUGAAUCCGGAUUUCGUGGUUCGAUUUAAUGGAAAAUCAAUUACAAAGAAUGGAGAAACUUUCUUACAGCCAGAAGAUGUUGAAAUGUCAUUCACAAUUUCAGAAUUGAUUUUGAAUUUAGAUAAUUUGUAUGGUGGCAGCACUACCAAUUCAUUCUUAAACAGAAAUUGGGAAAGAGUAUGGUCUGGAAUAAAUGAGUCCGUAUUUUCAUCAUUCUCACAAAUUGCUGCUAACAUUUUAAUCAACGUCUUCUCCACAAUUCCAUAUGAUGAAUUAUUCACUAAAGAAAAUGAGAGCUUGUGAUUUUUAUGAAAUUCAAAAUGAUUAUUGAUAUGGUCAAUGGACAAUUUUAAAAUAUUUAGAUUUAGUUGGUGCAUAAAAUCUUUUUUUCAA